AUGGACACCGAACGCUUUUUAGAGGAGAUCAGACUGUACCCCUUUUUAUACGACAAAACGAUGCCCGAUUAUAAAGAUAAGCAAGCAAAAAUGAACACAUGGGAUAUUAUAGGAUCUAUGUUUGGAUUGACAGGAACACAGGCCAUGAUGAAAUUUAAAAAUAUUAGGGACUGGUGGAUGAAGCUCGUGUCGGGAGUUGAGGCGAACACUCGGAGCGGUGCGCCAGGCAAUCAUGGAAAAAUUAAGUGGCCCCUGUUCGCAAUUAGUGAUGGCAUGCUGAGGCAGACACCUCACUAUGCGGAAAACUAUGCCAGUGCCAAUGAGGGUGAAGAAUCCUUCUGUUAUGCUUCUCCAGAGAUGUGCCUUGAAGAAGAAUGCCCUGAAGGGCCCACCGGGAAACCCACAGAUUUUGCACCAUCUCGGAAGAGAAAAACACGCAGUGAGGACGUGGAUGCGAGCAUUAAAGACCUUCUUGGCAGCUGCUCCACCUCAAUUCAAGCGAUUGCAAAGAAAAAAGAAGCACUGCAACCCGACGAGUGCGACAUAGCUGGAAGCCUUGUAGCUGUCAAGCUCAAGGCAUUACCAAAGAGAAAGCGCUCACAGGUGCUUUUUGAGAUCCACAAGCUUCUACAUGAAGCCGAAAUGGAAUGUCUGGAGGAUUCGGAUUGA